AAUUUAAUAAUGUUAACCCGGAUCCAAGAAUAGUCAGCCUUAAUUUGGAUUCUCAGGCCUUACAUGUUGCUUAAGAAGUGUUGCUUUGGGAUUUUUAAAAGUAUAUAUUAUUGCCCCUAAACUAAUUUGUGCUUAUGUUAAAAUCAUAUUUAUAUAUAUAAUCAAUUUAAACAUAAAGAAUGAUUUCAAAAUAUUAUAUCUCACUUACACUUCGCAUGGGAAACUUACAGGUUGUGAAAGAUGUCUAACCAUGUGGAUCGAACUAAAGAUGUGUUAAGAGAAAAGGUUUUUUCUACAGCCACAAUCACAGAUGUACAAGCGAUAUCUCCUACAAUCAAAUGGCUAAAUCUUACUGUUGAUAAUGCAAAUUUAACAUUUCGGCCAGGUCAGUGGCUGGAUUUACAUAUUCCAAAUUUACCAGUUGUUGGUGGCUAUUCAAUGUGCUCUACACCGGCUCUUUUAAAAAAAGAAAAACAACUUCAUUUGGCAGUCAAGUAUAGUGACCACCCUCCAGCUGUAUGGGUGCACACAAAGUGUACGAAAGGAGACAAAGUAUCCAUUCAAAUUGGUGGAGAGUUUUUAUAUAACGUUGCUGCAGAGGGUUUAAAACAAGAUACGUUGCUUAUUGGUGCCGGUGUUGGUAUUAAUCCUUUGUAUUCAGUAUUUAAACAUAUUUCUGAAGUCCACGAAUGCAACAAGGAUGUGAAAAAAUGUUUUGGGCAGACAACAAUGUUGUAUACUGCAACAAGUUUAAAAGAAUUGAUAUUUAAGGAUGACAUGGAUUUAAUUACGUCAAGCCACGAUAAAAUGACGUCAUUCUACUUUGUUACAAGGGAAACAGGCUUGAAUAACAAAAACAUAAUCGAAAGGCGAAUUACUGAAGAGGACUUAAGUGAUGCUGUAAAAUCCACGACUUCUGAUAUACCGAAUCUUAUUGCAUAUUUGUGUGGUCCGGAACCAAUGAUGUUAAGUAUGAAAGGAGCUUUAGUAAAGCUUGGCUUACACGAAGACAAUAUACGCUAUGAGUCAUGGUGGUAGUUUUGUAUUUACAGAAUUACCGACUAGUGAAAUUAACAUAGCAUAGCUCUUUUAA